AUGGCCACCGAUAGUGGAUACGAAUAUACGGACUUGGAUUGGUCCUCACGCCAGAUUAGGUUGCUACAGCUACGCUUACAAGCUGGUGAUAUCGACUCGAACGAUAUGAGCGAAAUUGACUGUAGCCUUCAAACCUUCCAGCUCGCAGACAGCCCUCCAUUUUAUGCUUUAUCGUACGUCUGGGGAACGGAUAAGCCUGCUCACAAGAUCUCUAUCAAUAAGCAACCAUUCCUUAUCCGCUCCAACCUCUGGGUCGCCCUACAAGAGCUCUAUAAGCAUAUUUCAAGGCCGGCAACUGCGAAGUCCCGUGAAAAGACCAUAUCGCUGGAACAGGACAAAUUGUGGACAAUUGAUGAGAUAACCAAGAAAGCCGAUGGGCAGCGCGGUCGAAAUGAGAAUGGACGUAAAGUUGAAUAUCUGUGGGUCGAUGCCAUCUGCAUCAAUCAGAGAGACCCUUUAGAACGCGGCCAUCAGGUCGACAUGAUGCGAGACAUUUUCCUGGCUGCAGAUUUUGUUCUUUCAUGGCUUGGUCUCGAAGAGCAUGGAUCAGAGCGCGCGAUUGAAGCCCUAAUCGAUGUAGCGGAAGGACGCGGCGAUAACAUUUGCGACGAAGCUCUUCAAUCUAUUCUAACUCUUUGUAGGAGGUCCUACUUUGAGCGAAUGUGGAUUGUUCAAGAGUUCAUACUUGCGCGCAGUCUGUUUGUCCUUUGUGGUCACCGAAUCUUCUGCUGGGACGAUUUGGACGAAGUCUUUCUACCUCCAGGGAAACCCUACACUGUGGGUCUAAGACUUGUGCAGGAUAUAUCGAUACGAAGAGUCAUGCGAAAAAUUUGGGGUGAUGCCUUUGAAGCCAGCACACUAUAUCACCUUCUCAGCUCCUUCCACGGCAACAAAUGCUCUGAUCCCAGAGACAGAGUCUACGCGCUUCUGGGACUUAUCUCAUCGAGAGGUGGCUUCUUUGAACCCCUGGCAGCCAAUUACGAGAUCACCACUAGACAAUUAUUUUGCCGCGUUUUUAGGCAUUUGCGGAUUGGUAUUAUCGGGGAACAGAUGGGUGACUUCAAACGAGUAUUGCGUAUGGCCCUACAAAUUCCCGAGGAGGACGGCGUUUUGCUGGAUGCUGUCAUUUGGGCCAGCGAAGAUUAUAACCCAGAGAUCAUUAUUGGCGGCCGGACAUAUUGGAGCCUUGACCGUUUGGAGCUAUACAAAUUGCAUAUAGAAUACACAGCUCAGGUGGAUAAAGCCAUCAAACGGUUUCCCGAGCUGGGUGAGGAGCUUAGAACUAGCCCAGGAGAAGCAUAA